AUGGAUGCUUUUGCAAUGAAAAAAUCAUGUUCUUCUAAGGCUUCUAGCAUAUCGCCUGCCUCAGAAGAAUCUCAUGAAGUCAUCACCAACACAAAGAGGAUGAAAGAAAAAUCCAUGGAAGACACUCAAUUGAAGACUAAGAUUUUCUCUUGCAACUUCUGCAAGAAAGAAUUUUCCACUAAGCAAGCCCUAGGGGGACACCAAAACGGUCACAAAAAAGAGAGGGCAUUGUCUAAAGGGCAAAAGAAACUUGUUGGUGUUGUUCAACCUUUUGACCCUCCCCAUUAUCAUCAUUACUAUAGCCCUUACUCAAAAUUGAACUCACACAUGUCAUUUCACAGUUCUUUUACCAGUCAAUCACCAUUUGGUGUUAAUGGAGAUUCUUAUGUCAUUCAUAAGCCUACUUUUUAUCAAACAUGGCCAUGUUUUUCCAGAUACAAUUAUCGAUUUAACCCAGUGAAGUGGUCAUCAAGCUCAUCAUUUUUUAGUACAAAAAAUCUCCUAGGAAAUAACAACAAUGAUAUGAUUGGAACUAGAGUUGAUAAUUCCCAUAAUUUUGAGAGCAAAAAUAGUGCAAAGGUUUUAAAUAUAAAGGAUUCACCAAUCAAUAUCAUUGAUGAUAGUCUUGGUAUAAAUAAUUAUAUGCAGAUGAAAUUGGAUGAGGGGGAUGUAGAAAUGGAUAAUAAAGAAGAAGAGGAUAUAGCUUGA